UGGUGGCGCAAACGCACCAUUUUGAUGUUUGCCACCCCUUCAAAAUAGCACGAAGAAGAAGGUGGUGACGAAGAAGAACACGACGACGCCGGAAAACGCCAUUUUGUUGUUGAACCGGACCGGCGGUGUAGAAGCAUCGAGAAGUGUCACUAAAGGUGAGAGAAGAUGGGAAAUUUUGCAAGCCUUUUUAGUAAAUUGUUUGGCAAGAAGGAGAUGAGGAUCCUGAUGGUAGGACUGGAUGCUGCUGGAAAGACCACCAUCUUGUACAAGCUCAAACUGGGAGAAAUUGUUACUACAAUCCCUACCAUUGGUUUUAAUGUUGAGACGGUAGAAUACAAAAACAUCAGUUUUACAGUUUGGGAUGUCGGUGGUCAGGACAAGAUCAGGCCGCUUUGGAGGCAUUACUUCCAAAACACACAAGGCCUCAUCUUUGUAGUGGACAGUAAUGACAGGGAGCGAGUGGGUGAGGCGAAAGAGGAGCUGAUGCGAAUGCUGGCUGAGGAUGAGCUGAGAGAUGCUGUGCUGCUCGUGUUUGCCAACAAACAGGACCUGCCCAACGCUAUGAAUGCAGCUGAGAUCACAGACAAACUGACCCUGCACUCCCUGCGUCACCGUAACUGGUAUAUCCAGGCCACAUGUGCUACUACUGGAGAUGGUCUCUAUGAGGGUCUGGACUGGCUUUCAAGCCAGCUAAAGAAUGCAAAAUGAUCAGUCACUGUCAGCUCUAUCUGCAGUGUUUUUGGGAGACUGCACUGGUUCUGGUCUCACUCUCCUCUUCUUUUCUCUGUUUUCCCUGAAGCGUUGGACCUUUGGCCAGUGCUCCCCUGCAUUUGUACUGUAUGUGUGUGUUUGGAUGCGUCUUUUUUGGAUGAAUGGAAGAACGACUGUGUGCAUGUACGUGCGAGCUAAGUUGGAGCAGCCCUGCUGUGCCUUGAACACAGUUAGCUCUCAAGUCACCUCAUUCCUUCAGUGUCAGCACAUCCAAAGGCACUGGUUUCCACAAAGCAGAUAACGGCACAAUAUUGAGUGCUGUGUGUCAUCUGUCAAGAAUGUUUAUAAUCAGGAAAACCAAAAGGUAACAAUAAUUGGGUUUUUACAUCUGCUGGUGACAUUAAGACCCUUCUCACAUCUGUUUAUUUACCCUGCAGAGAUGCACUGUGCUAUGUAACCGGUGUCAUUUUUGGUAAAAAUAAAGUUGACGUGUGUGACAUCCUGGAACAGUUCACAUUUUUUUUUUUUUUUUAAAUUGAUGCAUUUUUGGCAUUUUUAGAGAACAUAAAGAUAAAAUGUUUUUUUAGUUUUUGACUCUUUAAAUCCAUAAACUUGCAGCUCCUGUUAAUGGUCACACAUUUUGUGUCUCAUGCAGCUUAUUCUGUAGAGAAACUCCACAUUAAGUUCCUUAGAUUGUACAAAAUUCGGUUCAAGCCCUUUCGCUUCUCAAAGUUAUCAUCUACGUUAUUGCAUUUGUCUUUUCAUUGGGUCUUUUUUUUUUUUCUUCUUCAGCGGAUUAAAAGAACCAUCAUGACUGGGUCUACAAAAGGCAAUAAAUGUUGCAUGUUUACAUAUGUGGAGGAGUGAUUGUAGCUACUGGAUCAUUGGUGGAUGUGUGUGGGUUUCAUCUACUCCCAGCUCAUCGGAACAAGACCUUUUUUUUUUUUUUUAAAGAGUUGCUCCCACUCUGGCUUUUUAUUUACUGGUAGAUUUAUUUUCUCAUAUGUAGCUCCUUGGUUUAGGGUCUUUUUUUUCUAUUUGACUAUUUUGUUAGUGUUUAUCUAUGCAUGGCCUGGCUUUCUUUGGCAUGAGUGUGUGCCAGGCUUGCUGCCCUUUAUAUUGAGUUAAAUGCUCUCGGGACCAAUGGGUUGGAUUCAGGAAGGGUUCAUUGUGUGUAAGUUCAGCACAAGGUCACCAGAGGGGACACGCAUAUGCUCUAGACCGUAUCGUCAGCACUGUGACAGACGGUACAUUUGUAUGACAAGUGUAUCAGUCAGUUCUGUAAAUGCUUCCGUAAUGCUUCAAUGUUUUCUCUGCAUGCAGCUGAGGUGCUUCUCCUGGUGUUAUUUACGUCACAUUGUGCCAUUUUGCACAACCUCAUCAGCUUGCACGACACAGGCCUGUGCGAAGAUGGCAGUUUAUCUCUCAGCUGUUGCAGUGAGCCCAUACACAAACAUGCUCCCAAUUGCUCUACACCAGCAAGACAGCUGAGAUGUCCCAGUAACACUGUUACAGUUCAACCAGUAUUUAACAACCUCCCACUGAUUCUAAAGGCUCCUGCAAUUAAGAAGAAACCAAUCACCCUCAUAUCCCGUACUGAGUUAAGACAACUCUAAGGUCAUUGACUGACCUCAAAAGGGAAAAUGUUCCCUUUUUUUUCUCUCUUCUCCUAAAACUGGACAUGUAGUGUUUGUUUUAAGUUUGCAUAAAUGAGUGACUAAUCUUUCCUCAUCCUUAUAUAUAAUUUACUAAACUGAGACCUAAACAGCAAGAAAUACAAAUGUAUAUAAAAAAAAAAAUCCUGUAAGAAACUGUAUUUUAAGUCAUCCACCUGCUCUUGUUCAGAUGUGAAGCUUUAAUUUUCAUUUCUGUAAAAAUUACAUGGUACGUGCAUAUGUAUUUCUUAAUUAUCUUUUAUCCUUUUUUUUUUUUUAAACUCAUCUUGUAACAUCUGAUAAAUGCACUAUAAUAAAGAGAUCUCUAUUGUA